GUAAUUAAAUAAAAGUUUUAACAGAACAAAAUUAAUAUUUUCUUUAAGUUUACGAUAAUUAAUUUUUUCAAAUUUAUUUUUUGCUAUUUACCUGACCAAAGCAUGCAAUUUAUAGUAGUUGCAAUUUAACUUUACAAACAUAACCUUAGUUUAAUUGAGUUUUGUUUUCGAAAGACAACUACUUUAGCAAUUAGCUAUGAGACUGGAAGAGUAUUCGAACAAUUGUCGCACUUGUUUGGCUACUUUAAGCGACAAGAAAACGUCCAUUCGCAGUGAAAAUGUUUCAAUGAUGCUCUUGGAGUGCACCUCAAUUUCGACUUCAGGCGAAGAGGACGGUUUAAUGGAAUACAUUUGCGAAUCAUGCUAUGAAAAAUUACACCAGGCCUAUGUUUUUAAGGAAAAAUGCAGGGACGUUGAUAAGUUUUUACGUGAGCUUUCUUAUGCAGAAUUGGACGUUGUUGGUAACACUUCCAAAACCACUUGUGUAGUAGACGAACCAGAGCAAAUUAUUUGUACUUUUUGCCGUAAAAAUUUCACACGGAAGUCGUCAUUACGAGUCCAUCUUCAAAGACAUUUCAGAGAUAACCCCCAGAAGUGUGACCAGUGUGGGAAGGUGUUCUCAACGAGAUCCGACCUCAAAGCACACCAAGCGAGACACGACUCCCAACUGCUCAAAUGUCACAUUUGUGGACGCUGUUUUUCAACAAGAAAUUCGUUAGGAAAACAUAUGAAAAUCCACUCGGGUGUCAAACCGUUUCUUUGUCCACACUGUGGAAAAAAUUUUCGCGUUAAAGACACCCUACAAACCCAUUUAAAGUCACACACACGUGAAAAUUUGUUAAUGUGUCUCAUUUGCGAUAAACAAUUUGCCGCAAGGGCGUCCCUAUCCCUGCAUUUGAAAUCGCACACCGGGGAAGUCCCGCAUCUUUGCUCCAGUUGCGGAAAACAGUUUAAAUCCAGCUCAGAAUUGAGAAAUCAUGAAGUUAGACAUAAUCGUGAAAAAAUUCAUAUUUUGGUGGAAGAAAUUUGUGAGGUUUGUGGUAAAAGUUAUAGGUCUAAAGGUGGUUUAGCUAGGCACAUGGUGGUACAUGAGAGACAACCAACAAUUCAAUGUAACAAUUGUAAUAGGAAUUUUUACACAGUUAACGAUUUGAAUGUGCACUCAAUUGUGCACACGGGGGAUUACCCGUUUUCGUGUCCAGAGUGUGGAAAAGGUUUUAAUAGGAAAGGCAAUUAUGUACAUCACGCUAAAAAUGUUCACAAUCUUGUAAUUUAAGAGCAAAAAUUGUUAAAAUUUUAAUAAAAAUGUUUCGGCGA